UCUGACAUAAAUUGAUCCUUUCUGCUUAUGUAUAUAAUCUGUUGGUUGAUAAAAUCCUCCUUUUAAGUAAGAUCUGCUCGCCCGAUCACCCCUGAUAGUACACGUCAAGUUGUAAGCACGUCUGCCUACCUUCCCACCUAGGUAGGUAGCUCUGGCUCACCGAAGCUUCACUGUCGGUGCCUACCCGGGGCAGUUUUCAGCCGCAUCCACUUGAAACAUAAUGUUGAAGCCUCGUCUUGAAUAUGUAUUCAACUCAUUUUCCCGGUCCCUUACCUAAAUUGUUAUCAGCUUCCACUAAGCGCAAAAGAAUGUCCCUCCUGCUUCAUUUGAGGUAUCUUAGUGAGACUUAAUUAGAUAAUAUCGUGUCUUUUUACUAAAUGGCAAACCAGUCUCCGUUCCUACGGAUCGGGAACCGGGUGUAUUUAUAUUCGAGAAGCGGGAUAAAAUGGAAGCCCACGGGUUCGUUUCCGUUGACCUAUCCGUACAGAACGAAGACAACAAUGCCCCCGGGCCGAUUAUUCAGCCACCACAGCUCUACGACCAUCUUCAGAUCCCAUCUAGUGGCCACCAUAUACGAGUAUUAGACUUAGAUGGCGAGCCGCCCCAACAGAACACAGGGUUGAAAGGUAGCAUGAGGGUAGUUGACCUGAAGACUGGAUCACGAUUUACGGCGCUGUCAUAUGUUUGGGGUGCGGGAUCCUCGGCGAUCACUUGCAACGGGUGUGAGUUCCCAAUAACGGACAACGGGAAGGCAGCUCUAUUAGCGUUGCGUCACCUAUAUGGCCCGAUAACCAUCUGGAUUGACUCUAUAUGCGUUAACCAAACCGACGACACGGAGAAGACCCAACAAGUAGCAAUGAUGGGAGAUAUAUAUAGUCGGGCUGAAACAACUUUUAUCUGGCUUGGGUUAGGGAAUCCGCAACUGUUCAAGACAAUCGAGGCACUGAACGAGAUCUCUUAUCUCGGGCCACAUCCCGCCGGUUUUCCUUGGAAUAAGAGGAAAGUCAUUCUCGAUAAGGUUUUGUUUAUUUUAUCGUUGCUGCGUGCAUACCUGGCUCGAUUUAUUAGCUUUCGAUUAUUUUACCCACGCGUCCACAUGUACUUGAAGGCGGGGUGGGAUGAUCCACAUGAAAUACAAAAUAUCGACGUCCAGAACCUCAUGGCUUGUGAGUGGUUUUCUCGGGCCUGGACGUUUCAGGAAUUUCUGCUUUCUCCUAAUCCGGUGUUUGUUAGUGGCGACAGUAUCGUCUCCCUAGCCAAUUUGAAGAAAGUUCACGACGUGGCUACCGGUGGCCACUGGAUGGAAGAGCGUAGCUUCACGCGAUCACUAUUGGAAAAUAAAUGGAGAUUUACAUCCAGACGUUGGUGGUCCCGUACUGUACAUCGGAUAAUAGACACAUCUGCUGGGUUAUGGGACUUAGUAUCCAUAUGGGCCACUCUAUCACGCUCAACGAACAACGAUAACUUACUAUCGGGAACACAAGCGAAAGGACUCGCGAGGGAUGGAUGUCAUCGAUCUGCAUAUAUUUAUAGGCAAAAUGUUGUUCGAAUCGCGAGAUUGAAUUACUUCGCAUCCUGGCUGUCGUCUACUUCUGGUCUCCUCUUCGGUUACGGAAGCGUACUCUUCGCCCUGGGGUAUUUCUUCGCGUAUCUUGUCCACUUUAGCGGCACUAAUGAAGGAUUGAUACUGGUCGUCGCGACUUCUUACUACGUGAUGACGAAUUUUGCCUAUAGGAUUUUAGUUUCGUGUUUCCCGUGCUUCAGCCAUAGGAGGAACCGCUUUAAGGAAGCGAUUGAGACGAAUUAUCCUGUAAUAUCGGGGAUUCAAGAGGCGCUUCGGAUGCGUAAAGCAACCCGAGGCCUUGAUAAAUCUUUCUCUAUGUAUGGUAUCCUUCGCACUCUAAAUGCGCCUUGUUCGGAACCAAACUACCAAAAAACUGAGGCUCUAGUUUUUCAAGAACUCUUUGGGAGCCUUCUUCGAUGGGAUUCCGCCUUCAUUGAGCUUUUGGCUGAUGCUGGGAGACCCGCCGCAGGAUCGCCAACUUGGGUUCCUGACUGUGGAAAGAUCAGAGAAAGAACUUGGCUGAGCCCACAAUAUCUUAAUAAAAUCUUCAAUCAGCAGUGGUCACAUGGAAGGCUCGAGGAUUGUAUUCAAAUUCGGGGAGAUGAGGCUAUUGUGCGGAUAAAGACCAUUGGGAAGGUGACGUUCCACGGUGGAACCCUCGAUUCGAUCGACACCCCGAACUAUGAAACAGAACCCAUUGCAAUGAACCUGACGCAACUAAAUGACGCAGUAUCCCACCUGCGGCGAUGGCUUAGACAUCUUUGGAAGGAGAACCCAGUCGAUCAAGGAAGUAAAACGAUUCCUCAGAUGGUCCUAGACGUGUUUUCCGGUCGCGUUCGAACAAACGAGUCACCUAGCGGAACCGUCAUGGGCGAGAACUAUUACGAGCCCAAUACUUCAUUGUUUAAUAAGUGGUAUAAAAUCCUUAUACAAAACUUGAACCGUAAAGUUAUGGAUAGGGAUCCGUCGUUCACGGAUCGUCUCAAGGGAAACCGCGAAGUGUUACGAUCAUUUGUCGACUCGUGGAAUGCACUAGCUCGAAAAAGAAGCCUGAUUUUCUCUCGUGAUGGUUUCGUCGGCUCAGGACCACCGCAUGUCGAAGCGGGCGAUCUGGUCGCUCGUGUUUACGGAGUUUCGAGACCUAUGAUUUUCCGUCAAGUGAGGGGUGAUGAUAACACCGAACGAUACGAGGUGGUAGGCGAUGCCUUUAUAUGUGGAUAUAUGGAACAGGGGAGAUACCAACCCGAGUCUGGACCUAAUAAUCUUAAUUCAUUGGUGUUGAUAUAGUUGAAUGUAUUUUUAGUUGGGGAACUUG